AUGAUGUUAUCGGCGUCGCCGAACACACUAGCGAAAAGCUCGCUGGAGGAGAUGCUUGAAUCUCUCCGGCAGAAAGACGAUUCCGAUCAUCGGCCUAGAGAUAUGCCGCCGGCGCUUCCUUCUCGGCCUAACUCCAGAGCUCGUCUUCCGUCGGCUCGCCGGUCGCUUCCGGCGAAGUUCAACGUUUCUAGUGUAAUGGAAGAUCAGAACGGGAGUGUCACUUCUUCGCAGCCUGCGGCGGAAACUGGAUCGGAGAGGAAAGAGGAAGGGAAGAGGAAAGAGAAGGAUUUAGGAGUUAAGAGAAGCAGUUUCGGAAGCAAGAAAAUGAGGACUGGUCUUAAGUCUGAGUCUCCGUACGAAGCAGAGAAGAAGGAAGAGGAAAAUGUGAAGAUUAGUGCUGCUAAGGUUACUCCGGUGAAAAACGCGGAGGAGCAUAAACCUGAGUGGAACGACAAUGUCGAGUAUUUCAUCAAAAAGAAACUUCGGGUUUGGUGUCGGGUUGGGAAUGGGCAAUGGCAACUGGGGAUGAUACAGUCUACUACUGCUGAUACGUCGCUUGUAAUGCUGUCCACUGCAAAUGUUGUGAAAGUGUCUACUGAAGAGCUGUUUCCAGCAAAUCCAGAUAUUUUGGAAGGUGUUGAAGACCUUAUACAGCUUAGCUAUUUGAAUGAACCAUCUGUUCUAUAUAACCUCCGUGUUAGAUAUUCGCAGGACUUGAUAUAUAGUAAAGCAGGACCGGUAUUGAUUGCGGUGAAUCCGUUCAAGAAUGUCGAAAUUUAUGGGAAUGAUUUCAUCUCGGCUUAUCAGAAGAAGUCUGUGGAUGCUCCUCAUGUUUAUGCUGUGGCGGAUGCAGCUUAUGAUGAGAUGAUGAGAGAAGAGAAGAAUCAGUCUAUUAUUAUAAGUGGAGAAAGUGGAGCUGGGAAAACGGAGACGGCAAAAUUUGCAAUGCAGUAUUUGGCAGCUCUUGGUGGAGGUAGCUGUGGAGUGGAGUACGAAAUCCUUAAGACAACCUGCAUACUUGAAGCUUUUGGGAAUGCUAAAACAUCAAGAAAUGCCAACUCUAGUAGAUUUGGUAAACUCAUAGAAAUUCAUUUUAGUGCAAUGGGAAAGAUAUGCGGAGCCAAACUUGACACUUUUCUGCUAGAGAAGUCAAGAGUGGUUCAGCUGUUCAAUGGCGAAAGAUCCUACCAUAUAUUUUACGAGUUAUGUGCAGGUGCUUCGCCGAUUCUUAAAGAGAAAUUGAAGCUUAAAACAGCAAGUGAGUACACAUACCUGAGCCAAAGUGAUUGCUUGACAAUCAACGGUGUUGAUGAUGCUCAGAAAUUUCACAAACUACUGGAAGCUUUUGACAUUGUUCAAAUCCCAAAAGAGCACCAAGAACGUGUAUUUGCAUUGCUCGCGGCGGUGUUGUGGUUAGGGAAUGUAUCUUUCCGAGUUACUGACAAUGAAAAUCAUGUGGAGGUGGUAGCGGACGAAGCUGUCACCAAUGCCGCUAUGUUAAUGGGCUGCAACUCAGAAGAGCUUAUGGUGGUUUUGUCUACCCGUAAACUUCAAGCUGGUACAGAUUGUAUUGCUAAAAAACUGACAUUGCGGCAGGCAACCGACAUGAGAGAUGGCAUAGCAAAAUUUAUUUAUGCAAACCUUUUUGACUGGCUUGUUGAGCAAAUUAACAUUGCAUUGGAAGUCGGCAAAUCACUUACAGGGAGAUCUAUAAGUAUCCUUGAUAUUUAUGGGUUUGAAUCAUUCAAGAAUAAUAGCUUUGAACAAUUCUGUAUAAACUAUGCGAAUGAAAGAUUGCAGCAACACUUCAACCGGCAUUUAUUUAAACUUGAACAAGAGGAAUAUGAAGAGGAUGGAAUUGAUUGGACUAAGGUCGAAUUUGUAGACAACCAAGAGUGCUUAGAUCUAAUUGAGAAGAAACCCAUUGGUUUGUUGUCUCUACUAGAUGAGGAAUCAAAUUUUCCGAAAGCAACUGAUUUGACCUUUGCCAACAAGCUUAAGCAACACUUGAAGACCAACUCUUGCUUCAAAGGGGAGAGAGGUCGAGCCUUUAGAGUUAAUCACUAUGCCGGAGAGGUUCUGUAUGAUACAAAUGGGUUUUUGGAAAAGAACAGAGAUCCAUUGCCUGCUGAUCUUAUUAAUCUGUUAUCAUCAUGCGACUGCCAUUUGCUGAAAUUGUUUUCUUCGAAAAUGCGUGACAAAUCUCAGAAGCCACUAAUGUUAUCAGACUCCACGAACCAAACUGUUGGGACGAAGUUCAAGGGUCAACUUUUCAAGUUGAUGAACACGUUAGAGAACACAAGUCCUCACUUCAUCAGAUGUAUAAAGCCGAACUCGAAGCAGCUUUCCAGAGUUUAUGAAGAGGACCUUGUGCUACAGCAGCUUAGAUGUUGUGGAGUGUUGGAGGUUGUUAGAAUAUCAAGAUCUGGAUAUCCUACUCGCUUGACACAUCAAGAGUUUGCAGGAAGAUAUGGAUUCCUAUUGUCGGACAAAAGACUCUCUCAGGAUCCUCUGAGCGUAUCAAUCGCUGUUCUGAAACAAUACGAUGUUCAUCCUGAAAUGUAUCAAGUUGGCUAUACAAAACUGUACCUCCGAACUGGACAAAUUGGUAUCUUUGAAGAUAGAAGAAAAAAGGUUCUUCAAGGCAUAGUUGGAUUACAAAAGCAUUUCCGCGGUCACUUGUCUCGUGGUUACUUCCAUAACAUGAGAAAAGGAGCAUUGGUGCUUCAGUCGUAUGUACGAGGUGAAAAUGCUCGAAGAAUGUUUGACAAUGAAGCAAAGAUCCAUGCGGAUUCUGAAGCAAGCACAGGAGAGUUGACUGCAGUCAUACACUUGCAAUCUGUGGUUCGAGGAUGGUUGGCUCGAAAACGAUUCAAGAGUAUGCAAAGACAGCAAGAAUUACUCAAUGUGACGACAAAAUCAAAGAGCAAAGCGGGCAGGAGGAUUUCAGAAGACAAGGAUCUUCCGCAGGAGCAGUUCCAAGUUCAACCGUCAGCUAUGUCUGAUCUCCAGAAGCGUGUUUUGAAUUCCGAAGCUGCUUUAGUGCAGAAGGAAGAGGAGAACACAGCAUUGAGGGAGCAGUUGAGGCAAUUUGAGGAGAGAUGGUCGGAGUAUGAAGUAAAGAUGAAGUCAAUGGAGGAGACAUGGCAAAAGCAAAUGUCCUCGUUGCAGAUGAGUCUUGCAGCUGCUCGAAAGAGUCUAGCUUCAGAGAACGUUACGAGUCAAGCAGGAGGAAGACAAGACACAUCGAUAUCUCCUUUCGGUUAUGACUCAGAGGACACAAUGUCUACAGGAACUCCCGGAGUAAGAACUCCUACUACCAAGUUCACCAACGGGAACACUCCAGAGCUCAGAAUCAGAGAGCUCAACGGAAGUUUGAACGCGGUGAACCAUCUUGCAAGAGAGUUUGAUCAGAGGAGGCUCAACUUCGACGACGAUGCAAGAGCUAUUGUGGAGGUGAAGCAUGGAGGACCUCAGGCAACUCCAAACGGGCAGCAACAUCCAGAAGAUGAGUUCAGGAGACUGAAGCUAAGGUUUGAGACGUGGAAGAAAGAUUACAAAGCUAGAUUAAGAGAGACUAAAGCAAGACUCCAUAGAGUAGAUGGUGAUAAAAGUCGUAACAGGAAAUGGUGGGGCAAAAGAGGUUAG